CAGCCCGUCACUCGUUCUCCUUCUCUGGUUUUCUCGCCAAGUAUAGCGGCAUUUCUAACCUCUAUCUCAUGCUCGAUUGCCACGGGCUAAAUUCGGUCAGGCGAAGUCGGCUCGUCCUGGGUGUUCUGUCAAAAAGGUCACUACGUGAUUGUCGCAGUUGGCAAAUUAUCAGUCUGCAGCUGUAACCUCUGUGCGUAACGUUUACAGAGCGUGUCAGUGCUGUGAACGCUGUCAUCUUCUGUACAAUCGCGUCUUACAGUCAAAAAUUAUCAAGGAGAUAAGUGGGCAAGGUGCGCGUGUCCAGUGAUCCAGUGUGCUCGUUUGCUUUGUAUGCUUUGGUGCGGGUGUCGAGGCAGGGCUAAGUAGUCAUCGGUCAGACGGACGAGUUGUCGCGUAAAGGUGCACGGCGGCCAGGACGACAAUCAUGUCGUCACCCGUGGCUGGCGCUGGGCUGCUGCCGAGUUAUCAGCGCAUCGUUAGCGGCGUGCAGCCGGCCCAGCUGUUCAGCCGGCGCUCUUUCCGGCCACGAGAGAAGUACCUCAUACUCCUCGUGUUCCUUACUUUCGGCAUCGUUUGCUUCGGCGCCUUCUUCUUCCUGCCCGAGGACUUUCGCGCUAAUGGCGGUGUCAACAGUGUCUACCGCGUGUACCAACGAAUGCAGAAGGCCGGCCCGGAGCUGCUCAUACCGGCGCCACCCAGGUCCCAGGACGACGAUAAUUUUGAGAGCAACAACCGGAUCAAUGCCGUGCCAAUGCACCACGGGGACAUCAGGGCCGAAGAUCCCCAUCUCGUCGAGGACAAAUUGAAACUCCAGGCGAAAAUCGACGAGGAAUAUCAGAACCACAAGACUCUGGAGAAGCCGGAAUUGGCGAAGGCGCAAUGGGGCAAAGAAGCGCGCGCGAGCAGCUCGACGUCGAGCGUCGCGGCGGUGCGCCAGUGGGUGGAGAGGCAGGAGACGGUGCCGGCCGAGCCGGCGGACAAGCUGCCCCUGACGACCGGAGGCGAGGACCGUGAUCCCGUGAGCCGCAUGCGGAGGGACAAAGUUAAAAAG